AUGAGCCGGCUGUUUCGCUCGACGGGGCAGGCGGCGUCGGCGGCGACGCAGGCGCGCGUCGUGCUGAAAGCUGUCACGUACAACAUAUUGGCUGACAAGUGGUCGGGGUGGCCGCGCCUGCAGGCUGAGCUGGCGGGUUACGAUGCUGACAUCAUGUUCUUGCAGGAGGUGGAGGCGCCCGUGUUUCAGCAGCAGCUGAGCCCCUGGCUGGCGCCCAGCUACAAUGGCAUCUUCAAACCCAGGAGGUCACCGCCGGGCGACUUUGGCCCCCAGGAGGGCGUCUCGCUGCACUGGAGGCGGUCGACCUUUGAGCUUCUGGAUUCGUGCGCUUUUCGCUUCGCCGACGUGGCCGCGACGCUUCUGCCGCGCGCCGUGAGGGACGACGCCGCGGCGCAGCCGCUGAUGCGCGUGCUGAUGCGGCGGGAGGAGGGCGCCGCGGCCGCGCUGCUGCAGCACCGCGCAAGCGGGCGGCGGGUGCUGGCGGCGAGCACGCACCUGUUUUGGGACCCACAAUUCCCUGACGUCAAGUUGGUGCAGGCGGCGGCGCUGUGCCGCGGCAUCGCCGACUUCCUGGAGACACGGCUGGGCCCAGGCGCGGCGGCUGCGGUGCCGGUGCUGAUCGGCGGCGACUUCAACAGCCUGCCAGGAGUAUGGGCGAGCGACCCCUUCAACACGGUGCCCCCGGGUCAGUGCCUCGUCAGCGCAGUUUACGAGUUGUUAGUCACCGGCCGCGUCGGCCCCACACACCCGGACCAUCCCAGCCAGCGCUCAUGCGCCCGAGUCGCCAGGGCCGGCCAGCAGCAGCAACAAGCUUUGGCUGCCGAACAGUUGGCAGCGGUGGGCGGCGGCCUGCGGCGAGGCCCGAGCCCACAGCGCGGGCACCAGCGCGCGGGCAGCCCCGGCAGGUGUCCCCUGGACCGCCUCAGCUUCAACACGAGCGGGCUGCAGCUCAACAGCAUGCAUGUGCAGGCGCUCGGCAGAGAGCCGCCCCUGACCACGCGCACCGCCACCUUUGAUGGCACCCUGGACUACCUCUUCCUCUCCGCCGGGCACUGGCAAGUCCUGUCCACCCUCGACAUGCCGUUCCCCAGCCAGCAGCAGCAGGGGCAGGGGCAGCAUGGGCAGCGGCCGGGCGGCGGCGGGCUCACCGGAGCGCACGCGGUCCCGCCCGGCAGCGUGUCGCAGGCGGCGUUUCCGCCGGCGCCCAACGCGGUGUGGGCGAGCGAUCAUGUGGCUGUUGGCGCUGAGUUGGAGCUGCUGGGCGGCGAGGCUUGA